CACCAGUACUGAUCUUUCUACAGGUCAUGCCGGCUCAUUCUUCCAGGACUUCAAUGGAGCAAUUGCGGACGCAACGUGCGUACUUCAACAUCCGUAACUCAUGACAACGCCAAGUCUGACCAACCCAGAAAAUACUACAACGACACGAAAGAACCGUUCCCCAUGGUUGUCGGCGGCCAACAAUUAUACAUCCUUUCGAGCCCAAAGCAUAUUUCUGAACUCUACAAAGACACCGUGAGCUUCAAUCGUGACCUGAUGAGCAAGGAACUCUAUCACAGAGCCGGUAUGCCUCGCCGAGUAGUGGACCGCAUUUUUGAUGUCGAUCCCAAGGCCCCGUACAAUGUCAAUAGCGCCCGGUGUAUGCACAGCACGGAUGUUAUGAUGGCUUUAUACCGUCAACAUCUCUCACCCGGCAAAGGUCUUGACGACCUCCUCGCCGACCAAAUAGCACCUUGCAUCCUCAAAGCACUUGCUCCUAAGACGAUGCCAGCACCUGCGUCCGUAUUCGUGAAAGGCAUAGCAGAAGCGUACUACGGACCUGUUCUCUGGGAGAUUGAGCCGAACUUUGUGGAAUGGUAUAUGGUGUGGGAAAGGGUGAACUCGAAGUUCAUCUUCGGCUUGCCGGCGUUCCUCAGCCGGGACAUGCAAACUGCCCGACGGCAUCUGGUGGGCACCUUUUCAAAGUACUUCACCCUACCGCAAGAGCAGCGAGAGCGGGGGAAUUGGUGGGUUCAGGCGGUGGAAGGGGUCCUCCGCCAAGAUAAGCUCAACGACCAUGAGAUUGGCUGCAUGUUCAUGCUACAAACUUGGGCGAUUCUGGGAAACAUGUUCAAAACUGCCUUCUGGCUCGUUGCGCAUAUCGUGUACGACCCAAGCAUUCAGGACGCGAUCCGGGUUGAGAUCCAACCUGCCUUGACAGGCGACCAGGUCGAUCAUCAAUAUCUCGUCGAGCAUUGUCCCCACCUGGAUUCGCUCUUCUCGGAGGUGCUACGUCUAAGAAUGGCCAGUCCCAUGGUGCGCGACAUUGCGGUGACAAGUGCGAUCGGCGGAAAGACGGUACGAGCCGGGAGCCGCGUCCUUAUAAGUCCUGGUGCCGCCUCCUACAGGCAGUUGCACCUCAACCCCGACGUCUGGGGCAGUGCACCGCACGUCCUGGAGGCGGAUCGCUUUGCCAAGGAUCCAGGGCUGCGAUCGAAUGCCAGCUAUCGGCCGUGGGGCGGAGGCAGUACGGCCUGUCCCGGACGGUUUCCGGCCAAACAAGCUAUUUUCUGCUUUGUGGCUCACUUGCUGCGAGACUUUGAGAUCGGGCUGCAGCAGCAGGAGGGGACAUCCGCGGCAGAUGCGCCGGACCACCCCGAUCGCGGACGGUUUCCUCGUGCGGACUGGUCCCGCCCCAGCCCUGGCAUCGUAGGACCCCUGGAGGGAGAGGAUCUCACCCUUGUAAUCCGUCGGAUAAAUCGGAAGUGA